CCUAACCUAUAUUUAGGAAAUUUGAAAAACUUCGUUAUAUGAAAACAUGUAUAUAUGAAAUUGAAAUCAUGAUAUCAAUGGAAAAUAAACUAAAGAAAUACGAAAAAAUUAAAUUUUUAGGUGAAGGGCAAUUUGCAACAGUAUAUCAAGCUCGUGAUGUAGACACGGACAAUAUAGUAGCUGUGAAAAAAAUUAAAAUAGGUAGUCGACAAGAGGCCCAAGAUGGAAUAAAUAGAACCGCACUCAGAGAAAUUAAAUUACUCCAGGAACUUCAUCAUACAAAUAUCAUUGGCCUUCUAGAUGUUUUUGGACAUAUGUCGAAUGUAUCAUUAGUUUUUGAUUUUAUGGACACAGAUCUAGAGGUUAUAAUCAAAGACAAUACUAUAAUUCUCACUACCGCGAAUAUUAAGUCUUACAUACUUCAAACCCUUCAUGGGUUGGAAUAUCUUCAUUUGAACUGGGUUCUACACAGGGAUUUAAAACCAAAUAAUUUGUUAGUUAAUUCAAGUGGGAUCUUAAAAGUAGGUGAUUUUGGUUUAGCUAAACUGUAUGGAUCCCCCAAUAGGAUUAAUACACAUCAAGUUGUUACAAGGUGGUACAGAGCACCUGAGCUUCUUUUCGGAGCCAAACAGUAUAGUACCUGUAUAGAUAUGUGGGCUGUGGGUUGUAUUCUAGCAGAAUUGUUGCUCAGGGUGCCUCUAUUUCAAGGAGAAUCAGAUCUGGAUCAAUUGACAAAGAUUUUUGAUGUAUUUGGAAAUCCUACAGAGGAAAAUUGGCCUGGGUUAAAGACACUAUCAGACUUCAUAGAGUUCAAACCAUUCAAUGCCAUCCCAUUGAAGUUGAUCUUCACAGCAGCUGGUGAUGAUUUGUUAGACCUAAUACAGGGUUUACUAGUUUUAAACCCAAUUAAAAGAAAAACAUGUUCGGAAUGUUUGCAGAUGCCUUUCUUUAGUAAUAAGCCUGCUCCCACUAUAGGUUCCAAACUGCCUCUUCCUCAGAGCUUAAGAAAUAACAGAGAUAAUGAUAAACCUACAUUGAAGAGGAAGUUAAAUGAGAAUAGUGAAGGAGGAAAUCCUUCAAAGAGAUUAUUCUUUUAAAUGAGUAUUUAUUUAAUUAAUAAAAAAUAAUAUAAAAUGGUAACAAUAUAUAAACUUUGAAAAGUAUUGUAUUUUUUUUGUAAAGUAAUGUAUGAAUAUUUCUAUAAUAAAAUUAUUAACUGUAUA